AUAACAAAAGGACAGGAUUGUUAAUUGAUUAUUAUUUCAAAACAAUUAAUUAUAAUGACGAUAUACAGGAAGCAUAGUAUAUAGGAAGUUUUUUAUAGCUUUAAAUAUGAUCCGUGCAUCAGUUGAAGAGCAAAGUUGUUUUUAUAACAAUUGUUUAAUGUUUUCUGUUACAAUCAUGAAGUCACCAAUUGAAAAACUAUUAUUAAUAUUUGUUUUAUGUAUCAUCUCAUCUUCAUAUAUAUUGAACGUUAAGGCAGAGAAUAAAGUUACAGUAAAUAGCAUUAAUGUCGAUGUCUCAAAUGAAGAUAUACUCGAAUCUUGGGAUGCUAGUAUUUCAAAUAAUCUCAUUAGUAUAACGCCUAAGAUAAAAAAGGAUUGUCCGAGUAUAUUAAAAAUAGAUAUUAAAAUAUAUCAAAAUGAUCAAUUGGUAAGCCAAAUGACAAAGCAGUUCGAAAAACCGUUCAAGGAUUUGGAAAAUGCUAAUUUGUGCACAUCAGUUGAAUAUAUAGAUGAAGAUGAUGCAUGUUCUAUUGCACCGGGUGAACAAAAUGCUUCAGAUUGCGAUGUAAGUUCGAUGUUCAACAGUAUGAAUCCUGGAAAUUACAAAACUGUAUGCGAAAUGAUGGAAAGUGACACUUUAUUCGCUACUGCGACAUUGGAGGUAACAGUAGAAGAAUAAAAAUAAGAUAAUUGAUGUCACUUGAGGAUUAUUAUUACAUUUAUUUUGAUGUUUACAACAUUUAAUAUUACUAAUUAUAUAUAUGAUUACUUGUUAUUUGUUUAAUAUUGCAACAGUAACUGAUUUUAUCUUUUAAACUAAAUAAAAAUAUUACCAUAGUUAUUACAUAA